AUUUUGUCACUGAAUUGGUGUUAUAUAACCGAUAAGACGGAUGACAGGACAUUAUGUAGUUAAUUUCAAUAAUACAACAUUUAAACCACUUGAUAUGGAGCACAGUUACACAUUCCGUUAGUGCAUUAAUACCAAGCCUGCUCAUACCUGUACAUAAAGAUUUAAAUGUCACAACCCCUGCACCAGAUCUUUGAUUAACAGGCAUUCUAAAGAUCAGGAGCAAAAUUGGUUUUAGUUUUAUCGAUAGGGUCAAACAAUCUGUUGAGAAAUCCAGCACGUGUUUUGAUAUUGAUAAAGUUGCGGCGUUACCAGCAGAGGAAUGUUUGCAGUACUGUAGUUUUCCUGCAAUAUGUGUCUAUCGAGCGGUCCUGGAGGAAACACCGUGACGAUACAGUCUGACUUCCUGGUAUUGCAACAGCUUUUACUGUUGCACUGCAUGUGGUCAUCGAGGUGUUGAAGCAUGUGUCAGGUGUACUACAUAUGGUUGGCUGUGUGUAUGUACAGGGCUGUUCUCUGCCAACACUGUAGAAGUUCCCCAUGCGAUAUCCUGGACAUCCUGUUGGGAUCCUACCAGAAGGAUAUCCACCCUCCCUGUGACACACCUGUGGAGAUACACCUUGGACUAGCGCUCAGACAAGUCGUUAGUCUGAGCGAGACCAAGCAGAUAUUGAGCACCAACGUCUGGAUGCGUCUUAAUUGGACUGAUUGUCGACUGGCGUGGAACGUGACCGACAUGAAUGGCACGGAGACUGUCCACGUUCCCUUCGACCGUAUCUGGACCCCGGAUGUCACGCUGUACGACGACACUGCCUUUGGAACGAACAUAGCCAUGUCUGAGAGGAAGUUCCAUAAGUUGACAGUAGGCAGCGAUGGCCAUGUGUCACAGAAGUUCCCCACUGUUCUCAGCAGUAUUUGCGAGGUCGACGCCACCUACUUCCCCUUUGACAAACAGGACUGUCCUCUACAGUUCGGCUUGUGGGUGUAUGACGACUCAGUGGUUGUUCUGAACGGCGACAUGAAAGGGGACACCUCCUUCUACCUAGAGAACGCUGAAUGGCAUCUCACGGGGAUUGGAGCAGUGACGAUACCGUAUUUGUUCAACGGUUUAAGCUACAGCACCAUAACCUACACUGUGUCCCUACAAAGACGACCAGCCUUCUUCAUGGUGACGUUCUUCUUCCCGUGUUUCCUCAUCUGUAGUAUGUCGAUCCUUGGGUUCUUCCUCCCCCCUGCGUCAGGAGAGAAGGUCGGGCUGGAGGUCACCCUGCUGCUGUCCCUGACGGUGUUCCAAUUUCUCACACUCGAUACGCUUCCACCAAACUCCAAACCACUGCCGCUUAUGUGUAUCUACCUCGUGCUGAUCAUGCUGCUGGCGAGUGCCUCGUGUGUGCUGGCAGUGGUUGUCCUGAGGGUCCACCUGAAGGGGGAGCAGGGCUGGAAGGUUCCAUCUCUGGCACGGUCUCUUCUCAUCAACAAGCUGGGCCGGCUACUGCGGGUCAAACGACCACACAUCCUCAGGGAACAUGCACAUGAUACUCUAAACCUAACCCCAAGUGUGAGAGAAUCGUCCCCUCCAGCAGACAUUGACGCGACAGUUUCAUCGACUUCCUCUGCAGAGUUCGGAAUCUUCUUACAAUCAUUUGACAGGAUCUCAAAGAGUUUGAAUCGCCUGCUCAAAUACCUGAAUGCUGAAAAGGAAGCACAUGAAUCAGUGGAGUACCAGGACUGGCUCACAAUCGCUCUGAUCCUGGACCGAUUCUUCCUCAUCAUGUACGCCUCAGUGUCUAUCAUCACGUUCCUGGUCUUCCUGAUUGAACUCACUGCCUGAUUCCAUGUACAGACAGACGGACAGUUGGUGGUCCCAUUGGCAGAGCAUAACUUGUGGUUCCAUUUACAGACAGUCACACAUUUGAUGUCCCCAUGGUCAGAAGCUGACGUUGUGUAUCCAUGGUCAACAGCCUGGUGCAUUGUUUACUUAAACUGUAUAUAUAUGUUGGAUGGGUGAAUGUGUGUGUGUUAUGGAUGAUGUAAUGAUAUGAUUUGCCAUUAUAUAACAUUAUGACACAUAUGUUUAUGAUUUGGAAAGAGAAAAUAAUUCAUUAUAUUCAAAAUCCGUAUAGAUCAUAUUUUUUGUAUUUUGGAUAAAGCAGAGUGAAGGUUUUGUAUCUCAAUUUUGCCGAGUAGUAAAUUUGAUUGUCAUCACUAUAACUAUAAAGACUGAAGGUGUUAUCUAUUUCAACUGGAUUAGAUUAUUCAAUUCUUGAAACUGAGGGAGGUCAUGGUUCGUGAGUAUAAAACCACAGAUGAGGAAGACGUUAUUUAGCUGCAAGGUUUGGUUGACCAUACCUUCUAUAGUUGUAUGUUAUAGUCGUUCUUGUCUUCCUCUUGCACUGUGAUUUACCUGCAUGUCUGAUUCAUCUACAAAGCAGGGGAUCAGGCUGUUGACUUGUCAUUCAAAGACACCAUUCAUUUUGUUCUUAUUUUACCAGACCGAAAUGUCUUGGAUUAUCAGUGAAGAGGAACAAGUUGCUUGUUGUCACAUCGAUGAGCGAGCGAGUCAGAUGGGGGGCAAGCGCUAUAUAACAAAUAAUCUGUAUAAUAAACUAUCACGACUCUCGAAAUCGUAGGAAAAUAUCACGAAACAAAUCAUUUUUAAAAUAAUAUAUUUAGAUAUUGAUGUAUUCAUGUACAUUUUCCCAAGUCCCAACAAUUCAAUGUUUGUUUCCAAGAUAAAGGUUGGACAAUAGGAGGGAGCUAGGAAUACUGUU